UCAGCAACAGUCAGCAUUUGUUCUUUAUUUUGUCAUUUAUCGUUUAACAAGAAAAACGCAUGGAAGUAGUUUUUGAACCUCUACAAUGAUUCUUUGAUGCUACCCUCUAUUUUCUACAAUGUCUGGACAGAAAAGAAAAUAUGAUUCGUUGCGAGAAGAUAGUGAGGAAGAUCCCACGAAAUUACUAGAGGAGGAGAAAGAACAGUUUCAGGCUGACCAACAAAGCACUGAUACCAGUCUAGAAUUAGAUGAUAGCCGCGGUGAAUUGAACGCAAUAAAAUUGAGUGUUGAUUUAUUCGACGGUGGAGGGAGUUCGGAUGAAGCAGAUUCACCCCAGAUAACAAAGAGGUCAAGAUUGUGUUUGAAUGAUGUGGAUAGUCCAUGCAGUAGUUCUGAUUCAUUAGAUAUUAGAGAUCCCAUAGAUUCAACAGUGCAGACAGCUGUUCUUCCUAAUCGAGAUCAAUGUCUGUCAUCAAUAGUUUUAUCAAAUCAACCAGAAGUUAUUGAUUUAAGUACACCUUCAAACCCUCGAGUAGGACUCUCAGAUGUAGUUGAUCUAACAGCAGAACCAAGCUCCCCAACAUAUAAUAAUGAUGUGGUAGACCUUACUGAAGACCAUUUUGACUCGASUCCUGUUAUAAUUAGUGUAAAUAAGAUUUUUCAAAGGCCAUCUUUUCCGCAAAGACCUUCCUGUAGGUUUGAAUCAGCAGCAAAUGAUGGUGAUGUAGUCCAAAUCAAUCCAUCUUCAUCAAAUAAUAUUGAUAAACAAAGCAAUACUAAUCCAAAUGAUGACACAAGUAAAAGUGUAAUAAGCUGUCCAAUUUGUUUGGAUGAUGUAAAUGUGUUAAAGAGAAGAAAAAGACAAUUGAACUCGACAAUUUGUGGUCAUGUCUUCUGCGACAAAUGCAUACGAAAUGCAAUAAAGAACCAAAACAAGUGUCCAACAUGUAGAAAGAAGUUAAGCUUAAAACAGAUUCAUCCAUUGUUUCUAUAGCAUUGGUCAUAACUUCAGGAUUGGAAUUACCGCGGCUAUGCAAUCAUCCUCCUAAACGUAAUAGAACGUUAAACCAAGAUUGCAACCCUUCGGCUAACAUUAGGGCUACCUCCGGAGGGGGGAACUCCGGUGUAAAAGUACGGGGAUGCUCUUCUCUCGGAGUUCAUGGCCGGCAAACCAGCAUGCAAGCAUAUUUCGCUUUAAACAGAGUAGACAGUGACUAACUAUUACUCAAUUUUGUUGAGUAAAAAGUAGUAAUAGUCAAUAGCAAAAGGCAUAGAUAAUAAAAGUCCAUGCCCACCAAAAGCAUUUUACAAGGGGUGCACAAAAACGACGAAAAUGUGACUAUAAGGUAACAUCUUUACUCGAGGCAAAUGAUGUUGAGUAAUAUAAUUCAAAAGUUUUCCAAUAGCUGAUUUCGGCAAAAAAUCUUUUCAAAGCAUAUUUAAUCAGUUGACCAUCUACGCUGGACGUAAAGGAAAACUUUUUCCAAAUGUUUAGAUAAGCUGUGCUUGUAUAUAUUAGGCUUUAAAUGCAUCCUUCCUCCUGAACCAUGUCCUUCCCAAGCACUUACUGUGAAUUUAGAUUCGCAGUUGAAUGCCACGAGUUUGAAUCAGCAAAUUUUCACCGUAUCAUGACGGCCGGUACCACACAUGAAAAUUAAGUUCCACUUAGAGGAGAACCGGAAUGUGUUUUGGAUUCACUAACUCAAAAGCAAUUUAUGAUAAUUUGGAAUAAAUUAAUGCAACCAUUUUUUUCUAGAAACAGCAAUUAAAAAACAUUUUUCUCGCCCUCGGCAGAAAUGGUUACAUCAAAUUUAAAUUUCAUGGCUGACAGUUUUAUGCGCCUACAUUUUCUGCACUCUGUUAAAUUGCCGUGCAAAGGUAGUAAACUCGCUGGUUUUGCUACUCAUUUCCACAGAUUCUUGUUAAAUUCGGCGAAAGUUGAACAUACUAUGAGCUGCACUGUGUUGCAACAUAGUAUUAGUAAGUAACUAUGGUUGCGCCCAUAACACUUAAUGAUAUUUAUUAAAGCAAUUAGAUAUUCUAUUAAGACCUAUUAAAUCAUAUUCUAGUAAAUUUCAUAGAAAUGAGUUUUGGUGCUUUUUUGUUUAUUAACUUUUAGUCUACAUAUUUAAUAGCAAGAUUGUCUAUCGAUUCUGUUUAAGUUAAAACAAGCACUUAAAUUGUAUAUGACUCAUCAAAUAUAUAAUAAUAAACCAUCAAAUGCAA